AGGCACCCGAGCCCAGGGGGAGAUAGCGGUGGAAGGUUCGCGUCAAUCUGAUUCAAAUUCGAUCAUUCAUUAAUUCUGAAUUAAUUACCACUGCUAUAAGAGACUUAAGUCGUGUUGGCUUCAUUGCCAGGCGAACAGAGCAGACGAGGUUACUAAGUACAGGAGAAACAGGGUUUAUACAGGGAGCAUAGCACAACAAUUAACUCAUUACGUAAGGGUUAUUAGUCUAUAAGACAGAAACCAAGUACGUGUACUGCACAUUAGAUUGCAAACUACUUCCGAUUAGCACGGUUGGCUACGUACGGUGCGAAAGAAGUCCAUCGUACUUAACGGACGGGCUCCUGGCUGCACUCGACACGGUGACUUGCAGAACCAGAGUACGAAAGCGACGGCGAUUAUUUAAUUAUCACUUCAGUGUCCGGCACUAACGCAGAUACCGAAGUAGCGUAGACUGGGUUACUCUAUAUCCAGAGCAAGUACUGCAGACGAAUACGAAGACCAAUUAGUUACAGAGUAUAUGACUUCGUGCUCUAGACUCCAAAGCAAAAGCCACUACUGAGUGCACUCCACACGACGACUUGCAUCCGAGUAGUUUGAGACACGGAACAUUGUGGGCACAGACCUCGCUGGGGACUCGGAGUGGCGGAGAUCCGUGACACGACAGACCCCGACUGCUCUGGAGAUCGUCAGUCGUCGACGAAAGCCGCCUCACAACCUCGAUUUGACGCAUUUUCCAACGACUAGCUCUACCCUUCAGUUGACUUCAAUAGCAUGGCGGACAAGCAAAUCAGUUUGCCAGCGAAGCUCAUUAAUGGUGGCGUGGCUGGCUUGAUUGGCGUGACGUGCGUCUUCCCCAUCGACCUGGCCAAAACCAGGCUACAGAACCAGCGACAGGGCCAGCGGGUAUACCGCAGCAUGUUUGAUUGCCUGGUAAAGACGGUGCGUAGUGAGGGCGUGUUCGGCAUGUACAGAGGAGCUGCUGUCAACCUGACGCUCGUUACACCCGAGAAGGCUAUUAAACUCGCCGCAAACGACGUCUUCCGCCAGCUUCUCUCCCGUGACGGGAACGGCCUGAGCGUGUGGCGGGAGAUGGUGGCAGGCUGUGGAGCCGGCGUCUGCCAAGUGGUUGUCACCACUCCCAUGGAGAUGCUCAAGAUCCAGUUACAGGACGCAGGCCGCCUGGUGGCACAGCAGAAGCUGUCUGCAAACAUCUCUACAGCUGGACUGGGGAGCGCAAAAAUGGGUGCCGUCACCCCAGUGCUAAGCCGGGCCUACGUGGCGCACUCGGCUCCGCCGCCACGCUCUGCGGUGAACAUCGCCCGCCACCUGCUGCACACGCAGGGCCUGGGUGGCCUGUACCGUGGACUGGGCGCUACGCUGCUCAGGGAUGUCCCCUUCUCUAUCAUCUAUUUCCCACUGUUUGCCAACCUGAACGAGCUGGGCCGGCUGGCUGGCGAGAGUGGCCUGGAGGGCAAUGCCCCUUUCUACCACUCGUUCCUGUCGGGCUGCCUCGCCGGCUCUGUGGCGGCCGUCAGCGUCAGCCCCUGUGACGUUGUGAAAACGCGCUUGCAGUCUCUGCACAAAGGCGCCAGUGAGGAAACAUACAGUGGCAUCGUUGACUGCGCCAGGAGGAUCUGGGUGAAUGAAGGACCGGCGGCCUUCCUGAAGGGUGCCGGCUGCCGUGCCCUGGUGAUCGCGCCACUCUUCGGCAUCGCCCAAGUUGUCUAUUUCCUGGGGGUCGGAGAAACCCUGCUGGCUGCAUUGAACGAAGCUCGGGUGUAGUCGACGCUCGCGAGCGGUGCGAGGGGCGUAGAUCCUUUGCGUGGUGGUUGUGCGCAUGAACGCCUGCGCUGGUAUGCUUCUGAACGUUGGGGGAAUGACGUGGACGCGUACGAUCGGCGUCAUUAGUGGGCCGUGAGUGCCGGCAGGUCGCCGGUGAGUUGCGGACGGCGCGCCGUUACCAAAGGAGAUGCUCCGCUCUCGGUGGGAUGAGAUGUUCUCUUCCCGAGGCCCGUCUCGGUCGUCACAAACUCUUGGUGUCACCGGCACCCAAGAGGGCACAGAUGCGCUGACGCUCGGAGGCAGGGCUGCCAAGUGCUUGGAUGGUGUACAGCAGAGGUGUGGAGAGACCACCAUACAGGAGGGUUGUUAGCUACACAGUGGGAUUCUAGGAAUAUUGAAAAAUACGUUAUUUAUAUUUAUGUCUGUCAAUACUUGUAUUUAUCUGUUCAAAAGUUGUGCUAUAUUCUAUGGUACCAUGAACCUGAAGACAAACGCAUCCAAAGAUGUAGACAGUGUGAGGACCAACCCAUGAGAGUUGCACUGCGUUGUGGUUGAAAGUGAAGCCAAAGACUGAGCGACACAUGGUGCUGCUUACAAACCUGAUUCUAGCCCAGCAGCCAGAUGCUGUGUAUUACUUGAAAGCACCGUAGGGAACAUGAAAACGACUCAAAAAAUUGGGACAUGUAUGGAUAAUUUAACCAUUCCUAAAGUAAUGUGCGGUGAUGCAUUACGAGUCCAGAUUGAAGAGUUAUGCAGGAGGAGCCUUACCGGACCCCACCUUGGAUUGUUUGCAGUGACACCGUCGCUAAAGAUUAUCUCAGUAUUUGGUCAAAUGUAUCUGCCAUGUUGGAUUUUUUGGGAACCAGUGCUUGUUUUACAUGAACCUCAAGCUUGAAUUGUGAAACCAAAAGCUACCCAUGUGCACCUGCUCGAUUGAGUGAUGGCGCCGACAUUGGCGCGAGGCCUUUGGUCCUCUCGGUGGCAACUGGACGAAUGCAGCCAUCGCUGUCAUCGUACCCGCAGCCCGAAGCGCCAUGUGGGUGGCGAUCCCUUGACCACUGUAAUAUUUAUAAUUACUGAAAAAUAGGAAGAGUAUUGGUGCUCUAAAUAUCUCCAGGGCAGUCUGAUGGUAAUAUUGGCCAGAUGCUGUGGCUGAGGGAUCCCCGUGCCAAUCCACAUUGUGGAUUGCCCAGUUUGUAAUUACUAAAGUAGCAUGUACAGGAAUAUGGAAAUGUGCUGACUGGGGCCCCAGUAACCGUAGGACUGUCACUAAUGACACAGCCCAUUACUAUGAUGUAACAUAUGUUAAUGUGCAUGACAAAAACUGGUAUUUCUUAUCGCUGCAGGGAAACUAAUAAUGAGACCAAAGGUGAAGUGUUGUCAGGCCACCUUGCUGUAGCUGGUGCCAAGCCACACGCACUGCUUUCCCAUGGUAGACAUGGUCGGCCUUGACCUUCUCCGACUGCCCUUCUGCCGUAGGGGUGGGCGGCUGCCCCAGUAGCACUGUCGUGGGUGCCCUGUCGCGGUCCCUUGACGUGGCUUCUGUGGUGGGAUGGCCUUUCUGGGUCACCAAAGCAUGUUCAGUCCAGCCCAGCGGCCCGCACUGCUGGCUUGGGUUAAAGGAUCCAAACACCUCCAGUCCCACAUUGUAGGUGUGGCUCAGCUCCAGCUUGGCUCCCAACUUGGCAUGGCCAUGGCAUGAGCCGCGAGGUUGCUUUUAAAGACACGAGCGGCCAGGCUCUGCUCACCCGAGGAAGAGCCAAGUCUGAGCCGUACCGUGCCUAAGAAUAUGGGCCUCGCCAGCGCGUGACUGUGUGGACAGGCUGGUGCAGAGCGGUGAUCGUGUAACCUGCCCUGUAUGUUGCGCGCGUGUAGAUGCACAGGCAUAUAAGCUUUAAUACAACAGUGUUUAUAUGUAAGUGAUGACACUUAUUACACUUGAAAGGGUGACACUGACAUUGCUGCCCUCAGGGCCGUCUCCUGCCCUUGUUUACCUGUAUUACACCUGGAGGAAAACCAUUUGAAAUGCACUGCGACCUCGAUCAGUAAUUCUGUUUUCACAUUUUGCUUGAGUGCCCUUGCACGAUUUUCCUCUGUAGCCUGUCUUGUAGUCGCACUGUAAUUUGUACAUAGGGUCUGUCACCUUUUAUAUUCAUACCUUAUUUUUUAUUUCCUUUCUGUACAUGUUGAGUGCGUUUUUGCAUACGUGUUGGAAUAAACGCUAUGUCACAACGUC